CGGAAGUCACGUGGAGCCGCUCUCCUUGAUUUCCUCAAGUCGGCGGUCGACUAUUCAGCCUUGCAGGCGCCUCUGGCGGGCUCCGCUGUGAUCCAGCCUUUCGGUGCUCGACUCGCCCGUGCUGCUGCCGCCGCCGAAGGAGGGGCAAGGCUCAAGAUGGCGGACAAAACGCCAGGCGGCUCUCAAAAGGCCAGUUCAAAGACCAGAUCAUCAGAUGUUCAUUCAUCUGGAUCUUCAGAUGUCCAUAUGGAUGCAUCUGGACCCUCAGAUAGUGAUAUGCCAAGUCGGACUCGACCUAAGAGCCCAAGAAAACAUAAUUAUAGGAAUGAGAGUGCCCGUGAAAAUGUUUCAGAUUCUCCUCAUCAGAAUAUCUCAAGGCCUCUUCUAGAAAACAAACUUAAAGCAUUCAGUAUUGGAAAAAUGAGUACAGCUAAGCGAACUUUGAGUAAGAAGGAGCAAGAAGAAUUAAAGAAGAAGGAGGAUGAAAAGGCAGCUGCUGAGAUUUAUGAGGAAUUUCUUGCUGCUUUUGAAGGAAGUGAUGGUAAUAAAGUGAAAACGUUUGUGCGCGGAGGUGUUGUUAAUGCAGCAAAAGAAGAACAUGAAACAGAUGAAAAAAGAGGUAAAAUCUAUAAGCCGUCUUCAAGAUUUGCAGAUCAAAAAAAUCCCCCAAAUCAGUCAUCCAACGAAAGACCACCAUCUCUUCUUGUGAUAGAAACCAAAAAACCUCCACUGAAGAAAGGGGAGAAAGAAAAGAAAAAAAGCAAUUUGGAACUCUUCAAAGAAGAAUUGAAACAAAUUCAAGAAGAGCGUGAUGAGAGACAUAAAACAAAAGGCAGGUUAAGUCGAUUUGAACCUCCACAGUCAGAUUCUGAUGGUCAGCGUCGUUCUAUGGACGCGCCUUCAAGAAGAAAUCGAUCAUCUGGUGUUCUUGAUGAUUAUGCACCUGGCUCACAUGAUGUAGGUGAUCCAAGCACCACUAAUCUAUACCUUGGAAACAUUAAUCCACAGAUGAAUGAAGAAAUGUUGUGCCAAGAAUUUGGAAGAUUUGGACCAUUAGCCAGUGUGAAAAUUAUGUGGCCUAGAACUGAUGAAGAAAGGGCAAGAGAGAGAAAUUGUGGCUUUGUGGCCUUUAUGAACAGAAGAGAUGCUGAAAGAGCUUUAAAAAAUUUAAAUGGAAAGAUGAUUAUGUCUUUUGAAAUGAAGUUAGGUUGGGGUAAAGCUGUGCCUAUUCCUCCACAUCCAAUAUACAUUCCGCCUUCCAUGAUGGAACAUACACUUCCCCCACCUCCAUCAGGACUGCCUUUUAAUGCGCAGCCUAGAGAGCGGUUAAAAAACCCCAAUGCUCCCAUGUUACCACCACCUAAAAACAAGGAGGAUUUUGAGAAGACUCUGUCGCAAGCCAUAGUCAAAGUGGUUAUCCCAACAGAAAGGAAUUUGCUCGCCCUGAUACAUCGAAUGAUAGAGUUUGUUGUACGUGAAGGGCCAAUGUUUGAAGCUAUGAUUAUGAACAGAGAGAUCAAUAAUCCUAUGUUCAGAUUCUUAUUUGAAAACCAGACACCAGCCCAUGUUUACUAUAGGUGGAAGCUUUAUUCUAUUCUCCAGGCAUAUUCUCCAACUAAGUGGCGGACGGAAGAUUUUCGUAUGUUCAAAAAUGGAUCUUUUUGGAGGCCACCACCAUUAAAUCCAUAUUUGCAUGGGAUGUCAGAAGAGCAGGAAACAGAAGCUUUUGUAGAGGAGCCAAGUAAAAAGGGAGCACUUAAGGAAGAACAGAGAGACAAAUUAGAAGAAAUUCUGCGGGGGCUAACUCCAAGGAAAAAUGAUAUUGGAGAUGCAAUGGUUUUCUGUCUUAAUAACGCUGAAGCUGCUGAAGAAAUAGUGGAUUGCAUUACGGAGUCCUUGUCCAUCUUAAAGACACCCCUUCCCAAAAAGAUUGCCAGAUUAUAUUUGGUUUCUGAUGUUUUAUACAACUCUUCAGCCAAAGUUGCCAAUGCUUCCUAUUAUAGAAAAUUUUUUGAAACAAAGUUGUGUCAGAUAUUUUCAGACCUCAAUGCUACCUAUCGUACAAUUCAAGGCCAUUUACAGUCUGAAAACUUUAAGCAACGGGUAAUGACCUGCUUUAGAGCAUGGGAAGAUUGGGCAAUUUAUCCAGAACCAUUUUUGAUCAAACUACAAAAUAUUUUCUUAGGACUUGUAAAUAUUAUUGAAGAAAAGGAAGCAGAGGAUGUACCAGAUGACCUCGAUGGUGCCCCCAUUGAGGAAGAGCUGGAUGGUGCCCCUCUAGAAGAUGUGGAUGGAAUUCCUAUUGAUGCUACUCCUAUUGAUGACCUUGAUGGAGUCCCUAUAAAGAGCCUUGAUGAUGAUCUUGAUGGAGUGCCUUUGGAUGCAACUGAAGAUUCAAAGAAGAAUGAGCCUAUAUUUAAAGUUGCCCCAUCAAAAUGGGAAGCUGUAGAUGAAUCUGAAUUGGAAGCACAGGCUGUAACAACUUCUAAAUGGGAGUUAUUUGACCAGCAUGAAGAAUCAGAAGAAGAAGAAAAUCAAAAUCAAGAAGAAGAAAGUGAAGAUGAAGAAGAUACUCAAAGUUCCAAAUCUGAAGAACAUCAUUUGUACUCUAAUCCAAUCAAAGAAGAAAUGACUGAGUCUAAGUUCUCUAAGUACUCUGAAAUGAGUGAGGAAAAACGAGCUAAACUCCGUGAAAUUGAGCUCAAAGUUAUGAAGUUUCAAGAUGAAUUGGAAUCUGGAAAAAGACCUAAAAAAGCAGGCCAGAGCUUUCAGGAGCAAGUAGAACACUACAGAGAUAAACUUCUUCAGCGAGAGAAAGAGAAGGAAUUAGAAAGAGAACGAGAAAGAGAUAAGAAGGAUAAAGAAAAAUUGGAAUCUCGAUCCAAAGACAAGAAGGAGAAAGACGAAUGUACUCCAACAAGGAAAGAAAGGAAAAGGCGACACAGUACAUCCCCUAGCCCAUCUCGCAGUAGCAGUGGUAGACGAGUGAAAUCCCCAUCACCAAAAUCGGAGCGAUCAGAGCGUUCAGAAAGAUCUCAUAAAGAGAGCUCACGGUCCAGGUCAUCUCACAAAGAUUCUCCUAGAGAUGUUAGCAAAAAGGCCAAAAGAUCUCCAUCUGGUUCAAGGACACCUAAAAGAUCUAGGCGAUCACGGUCUAGAUCCCCUAAAAAAUCAGGGAAGAAAUCCAGAUCCCAGUCCCGAUCUCCACACAGGUCUCAUAAAAAGUCAAAGAAAAACAAACACUGACAUAAAUUUUUAAGAUGCUGUCACUUAUUGGAAAUGCGAUUUUGUUUUGUGCCUGGACGGUCUGUUUUUUUAAAAAAACGAAAAACAAAAAAUCUAAUGAAAGAGCAUUCCUGGGGUUUUUAUUUGUUUGUGAAUGCAUGUGUAAACUCAUAAGUAACUGCAUCUGUAGACCUGUCGUUGUUUUAUAUUGUAUAAAUUACUUUUGUUGUGGCUGUUUCUCAAGAUGAAAUUUUUAUUGUGCUAAUGAAUUUCAUCAGAAAUGUGUAUAAUGGAUCUGCUGGCAGUAGUAGUAUUUUGUUUUAGGAUGUUGUGACUUAGAAAAAAUAAUACAGAUGUCUUCCCCCCUUUUGUAGCUUUGACAAUUUGAAUUAGAUUUCAAAUAAAAUCUGAACAGAAAACGUUAA